UCGCCUGGAAUUCUCCGUCCUCGUGUUCCUAGGCUGGCGCGCAGAGUCUCCCCGCGAUAGCGGCGCCGCCGCCGCUCCCCGCGCCACCCCGCCGUCGGCCUUGGGGGUCGGGAUGCUGCGGCAGGUUCUGCACAGGGGCUUGAGGACGUGUUUCUCCCGGCUCGGCCACUUCAUUGCCAGUCACCCGGUCUUCUUCGCCUCGGCACCCGUGCUCAUCUCCAUCCUGCUCGGCGCCAGCUUCAGCCGCUACCAGGUCGAAGAGAGCGUGGAGCACCUGCUGGCGCCCCAGCACAGCCUCGCCAAGAUCGAGCGCAACCUCGUCAACAGUCUCUUCCCGGUCAACCGCUCCAAGCACCGGCUCUACUCGGACCUGCAGACCCCCGGGCGCUACGGCCGGGUCAUCGUCACCUCCUUCCAGAAAGCCAACAUGCUGGACCAACAUCACACCGACCUGAUCUUAAAGUUGCAUACUGCUGUGACCAAGAUCCAGGUUCCAAGGCCUGGUUUUAAUUAUACAUUCGCUCACAUAUGUGUCCUGAAUAAUGAUAAGAGCUGCAUCGUGGAUGACAUAGUGCAUGUCCUGGAGGAGCUCAAGAACGCUCGGGCCACCAACCGGACUAAUUUUGCUAUCACCUACCCGAUCACUCACUUGAAGAACGGGCGGGCAGUCUACAAUGGGCACCAGCUUGGCGGUGUCACCGUGCACAGCAAGGACCGAGUGAAAUCUGCAGAGGCCAUCCAGCUCACCUACUACCUGCAGUCAAUCAACAGUCUGAACGACAUGGUGGCUGAGAGGUGGGAGUCCAGCUUCUGUGACACUGUCCGACUGUUUCAGAAAUCAAACGACAAAAUCAAAAUCUACCCUUACACAUCCUCCUCGCUGAGGGAAGAUUUCCAGAAGACUAGCCGUGUAUCAGAACGUUACCUGCUCACCAGCCUGAUCCUGGUGGUCACCAUGGCUAUCCUCUGCUGCUCUAUGCAGGACUGUGUCCGCAGCAAACCCUGGUUAGGCCUGCUCGGGUUGGUGACCAUAAGUCUGGCCACUCUCACUGCGGCCGGGAUCAUCAAUCUUACCGGUGGGAAAUACAAUUCCACCUUCCUGGGAGUCCCUUUCGUCAUGCUAGGUCAUGGAUUGUAUGGGACUUUUGAAAUGUUAUCCUCCUGGAGAAAAACUCGAGAAGACCAACAUGUUAAAGAGAGAACUGCAGCCGUGUAUGCAGACUCCAUGCUCUCCUUUUCUCUCACCACUGCCAUGUACCUGGUCACCUUUGGCAUAGGGGCCAGCCCUUUCACGAACAUUGAGGCAGCCAGGAUUUUCUGCUGCAAUUCCUGUAUUGCAAUCUUCUUCAACUACCUCUAUGUACUCUCGUUUUACGGUUCCAGCCUGGUAUUCACUGGCUACAUAGAAAACAAUUACCAGCAUAGUAUCUGCUGCAGAAAAGUCCCAAAGCCUGAUGUACUGCAGGAGAAGCCGGCAUGGUAUAGGUUUCUCCUGACAGCCAGAUUCAGUGAGGAUACAGCAGCUGACGGCGAGGAAGCGAACACUUACGAGAGUCACUUAUUGGUAUGUUUCCUCAAACGCUACUACUGUGACUGGAUAACCAACACCUAUGUCAAGCCUUUUGUAGUUCUCUUUUACCUUAUUUAUAUUUCCUUUGCCUUAAUGGGCUAUCUGCAGGUCAGUGAAGGGUCAGACCUUAGUAACAUCGUAGCAACUGCGACGCAAACCGUUGAUUAUACUACUGCCCAGCAAAAGUACUUUAGCAAUUACAGUCCAGUGAUUGGAUUUUACAUAUAUGAGUCAAUAGAGUACUGGAACGCCACCGUUCAAGAAGAUGUGCUGGAAUACACCAAGGGGUUUGUGCGGAUAUCCUGGUUUGAUAGCUAUUUAAGUUACCUUCGGAAACUCAAUGUGUCCACUGACUUGCCUAAGAAAAAUUUCACAGACAUGCUGAGAAAUUCCUUCCUGAGAACACCUCAAUUUUCACAUUUUCAAGAGGACAUCAUCUUCUCUAAAAAGUACAAUGAUGAGGUGGAUGUGGUGGCCUCCAGAAUGUUUCUGGUGGCUAAGACCAUGGAAACAAGGAAAGAAGAACUCAGUGAUCUCCUAGAAACCCUGAGGAGACUCUCUGUCACCUCCAAGGUGAAGUUUAUUGUCUUUAACCCAUCCUUCGUGUUCAUGGAUCGAUACGCCGCCUCUCUGGGAGGCCCCCUGCACAACUCCUGCAUCAGUACUUUGUUCUUGCUCUUCUUCUCAGCAUUCCUUGUGGCAGAUUCGCUGAUCAAUGUCUGGCUCACUCUCACUGUUGUGUCUGUGGAGUUUGGAGUGAUAGGUUUCAUGACAUUAUGGAAAGUUGAACUGGACUGCAUUUCUGUGUUAUGCUUAAUUUAUGGAAUUAACUACACAAUUGAUAAUUGUGCUCCACUGUUAUCCACAUUUGUUCUGGGCAAGGACUUAACAAGAACGAAAUGGGUGAAAAACGCCCUGGAAGUGCAUGGGGUAGCUAUCUUACAGAGCUACCUCUGCUAUCUUGUUGGUCUGAUUCCUCUCGCAGCUGUGCCUUCAAAUCUGACCUGUACACUGUUCAGGUGCUUGUUUUUAAUAGCAUUUGUCACCUUCUUUCACUGCUUUGCCAUUUUACCUGUGAUACUGACUUUCCUGCCACCUUCUAAGAAAAAAAGGAAAGAGAAGAAAAAUCCUGAAAACCAGGAAGAAAUUGAGUGUGUUGAAAUGGUGGAUAUCGAUAGUACCCGAGUGGUUGACCAAAUUACGACAGUGUGAGAGCUGCUUGUUAUAUUUUCACCCUAGGUCUUAUCAAGAAUGAAGAGAUUAUGUUAAUGAAACAAUUUCAGAGUUGUUCUUUAAGGAGAAGAAGCAAGCAUUGCCAAAAAACCGUAAAUAACAAGGGGGGAAAUGGGCAUUGCAAAUUUUCAAUCUUUAAAACAAAAGGGUUGUUAUUAGAAAAAUAACACACAUGCGCACACACACACACACAAACACACGCACACCAACUCUAGGAGACUUACAGUCUCUUAAACUAAGAUCAAAUAAAAGAAAGCGUAUUAGCAAGCAGAAUCCUAUUUAAUUCACACUGUAGAUGUUGCUGGUAUUGUGACCAAAACUUACUGAUUGAAGGGUCAGCUGUCAAGGCAGAAAUAGCUUUAAGCAAUGUUCAAAGAAUAAGGCUUCCAGAACAUCUGUGGAGCAAUAGCUCUAGGCAGGGUCUGUAUUUUGAGGUCUUUGCUGGCUUAUCCAGCUUCCCCAAGACCCAAGGAGAUGCUUGUAGAAGUUCUGAUCAUUGAAAGCAAGUCAGAACCUCAGAAACAGGCACAUACUAGAGUGGCCAUCAUGCAUGGGCUGAAAUUUAGUCACCCCUACACUCACUCAGUGGAGGCAGUUUUGUUGUCUAGAAUGAACUUGUCAUAAUCCUCCAUCAAUACACUGUUAACAUUUAUAUGGUUUGGUUAAUGUACCAUUAAACCAGUGACAGCUCCAGCAUUGCAAAACUGGGGCAAUUCUGUUUUGGAAUGUCUUGUUACUUGUCACUAAACAGAUCUGCUUUAUUAGUUACAGCUUUUAGCAGGAGGCUCUGAGUACUCCAAACCACAAUGCCAAACCCAAAUCCUCUGCUGUGAUGGAAAAGAACAGGUGUCUACUUGAACCCAAAGACAGUGUCUCCGUUCUGACAAAACACAAAUGGACAGCGGAUACAGCUGUUUGUGGUGUGGCCCUACUACAUGUAGCGUGGGUGCCCAGAAACAACUUCUGCCUACGCAGAGCUGAGAAAGAAGAAACGAACACAGAAAACAGCUUUCAACCUGUACUGUGAAUCAGCCUUCGUGGAAAGAUAUGCCUGCUUCAAAGCCUAAUGGAGAAAAGAAAGUUCUUUGGUGAGUAUAAGUCCUGAAAA